UCCCCCAUGCGGGUAUAAGCCAUGCUUUGAGGCAACAACUACAACGUGGCGGUACUGGCAUAUGGGGCAGGAAGAAGAAGUGACCAGUUCUCCGUCCUGGUUGUGCAGUUUUCUGGAUCUAUGGCUUCCGAGUUCUGGCAGAACAAUAGCGGCACGAAGAAGGCCAUCAUUGUUUACACCGUCGUCGUCGCCAUCACAACCAUUUGCGAGGCUCGGCUUGGCUACACGGCCAUCUACGACAUUUCGGAUUAUGCUGAUCGGCCCGAGAGACUCUCGAGACUGGCUCUCCACGUGUUCCUGCAGACGGUGCACUUCUUUAUGUGCCUCUACUGGAUCCACGCAGCCAGGCAGGACUACAUAUCAGGAAUGUCGUUUGCUUAUUCAGCCAUGGUCAUCAGGACGUGCGGCAACUUCAUUUACACUGCGGCUGUAGCAUGCUACGAAUUCUUCAUUUUGCCAAGAACUGUUGUCAACGUUAUCAAGAUUGCGAGCUGGAUACCUACUGAUCUGCGCUUGUGGUACGGGGUAUUCUGGCUGGUCAUCGAGGUGUACAUGCUCUCGCGCCUGCACGCCUACACCAGCCGCCUGAGAGAGGCGUCGUCGGAGGCCACAUACACGUCGCCGUAUCCGGGGGCAGAGCCAGAGUACCAGGGGUCGCCACCGGACUCGCCGGCCACCGCCACCCCCGAAGAGCAGCAGAGCCCGGAACGUACUCGGGCCUCGCCGUAGCUCCCUGGCACUCUGCCUCGAUCUCGGCCGUGGCAAAUGUGCGCGGUCGGGAGACCAGGCCUCGUGCACCACGACGCCCGGGUUUCUCCGCUAUGUUCUAAGCGUUUUCUGCCCGUUUUAUUGCGAUCGAUUUUAUUUUUCCCCUUGGCUAUUAAAUUAUGUCUGCAAAAA